AUGGACGACACAGAUACCGCGAGAAUUGCUGCGAGCAGAGCGGGCUCUGCAGAAGUCAAGACUGAGUCGCCAGACGAUGCGACCGUCACCAGCAGCACCAGCACCGCCGAGAGCGAGCAGCAGCAGCAGCACCAGCAGCAGCAGCACCACCACCAACAUCAGCACCAGCAGCACACGUUCCAGCACCAGCAGCACACGCUCCAGCACCAGCCGGGCCAGCAGCAACAGUCAGCGCCGCUCAAGAGAACAGUAUGCGACCACUGUCGUAGGAGAAGAAUCCGCUGCGACGGCAAGUUCCCUUGUGAACAGUGCGUGCACGCCUCCCUCACCUGCAAGCGCGAGCAUGUCCCUAAGAAGAGGGGACCGAAGCGCGGCCAUGGACGGGUCAUAAACGAGCUGCGCGCGAGGGAGUCAUCCCAUCAACUGCAUCAGCUACCGCAACACACGAUCCAGAAACCCUUUAAUGCAGAGAAUGCCCUCGAGAGCCCUACAGACGUCGACAUCGGCAUGAGCAGUAGCGACCUGGGAGAGGCGGCCUCUCAACCCUCCUCCAAUGCCUCCGCGGCCUCGACUCCGCCGAGCUUCUGGGCCGCCGUCACAUCCAAUCCGGGACACAGCAACGUGCCGGAGCCCAGGGGCGUCUUCUCGAGCGACGAGUUCAGGCCGAGGACGAGGAGCUACUUCCACAUGAUCCCCCAGCUGGUCGAGCUGUACUACGAACAUAUCUACCCUAUCAUGCCACUAAUCUACAUGCCCGCCAUCCGCGAGACCAUCAGCCGGCCCAUGACGCCGAGCGAGAAGAACCUGGUCUACGCCCUGUGUGCCCUAACGUCGAUGCACAUGUCUGGAAAGAGCAUCGGCGCGCCGGGGCCCACGUCGUGGGAAGUCGUCGGCCGCUUCUUCCUGGACGAGACCAUCUCGACCCGGCAUUCGUACGACUUCCUCGAGGAUCUGUCCCUGUCUGCUGUCAUUUCGUCCUUUUACCUCAGCACCUCCUUCUUCGAGAUCAACCAGUCGCGCAAAUCGUGGUACUACUUGCGGGAGGCGUUGACGAACGCGCAGGACCUAGGACUGCAGGACGACUCGACAUAUUACGGCCUUAGUCGCGAGGAGACGCUUUGCCGCCAGAGGGUUUUUUGGAUCCUCUUCGUGACGGAAAGAUCCUUUGCCAUCCUGCGCAACAAACCCAUCACGUUCAAGAGAACGCCGUCGCUCCCAUCAACGCGACACUCCUACGAGGGUCCGGACAUCCACGCCGGAUUCCUGCAACUCGUUUCAUCCUAUACCCCACUUGACGAAUCGUUCGUAACGGCGUGGAACGAGGGGUCCGAUCCCCGCGUCAGCGCGACGACGUUCUUGGCGCUGCAAAACCUUCUCUCCCUCCCCCCCGCGUUUCUCCGUCCGCGUGGGCGUUCAUCGCCGCCGCAGCCGCACAGCCAGCUGGCCGGCUCCUUUGGCGCUUCGUCUGACGCCCAAGAUUCGGGCUCGCCGGAGCCGACGAAUAUUCAAAAGGCAGACCUACUUAUCACACAGCAAUGGCUUCGUCUCAUUGUAUGGCAAUCGUCGAUGCGGCAAGGUCUGCUGAGCUGGACGAACCCGGCUGACUCGAGCGGAAGCGUGUCACCGGAAGACGGGGUCACCGAGGGGAACAGCAUGUGCUUCUCAUUCCCCUUGACCGUUGCGCGCGACACCGCGGCGAUCCUGUCGAGCCUGCCGAGCAAAGCCGUCGAGGUGCACGGAAUGGGCAUCAUGGAGAAGAUCUUUGAGAUCGGAACCUGGUGCGUCAACGUGCUGGGGGCGUGCGAGAGCGUCGGCUUCUCGACGUCGAUGGACUUCACCUCGGGCGACAUGGGCGUGCUGGGCAGCGGCAGGAAAGGGGCGAGCCUGGACCCGAUCGAGUUCUUCGUCCGAACACUCAGCGCCAGCGACAACUCCCGGAAGCAAUUCGCCGAGAAGCUGCUCACCGCCGCCGGGGAGAACCCCGGAAGCAUGAGGACGCAGCUUAGCCCCGCCAUGUCCGGAAUGGGUGCGUCGGCGGCUUCCGCGGCGGCCGCGGCGGCGGCGAUGAUGGCCAGCAGCCAGGGGCCCAACGCAAUCGACGCGACGGGAUGGGGUCAGCAAAGAGGAAGUGUCGUUGGCGAAGUCUUUGAGGAAAACGAAGAGAACAGCAACGGCAACACGCAUCAUCACCACCAUCAACAGCAACAACAGCCACAGCAGCAACUGGGUAUGGGCGGCGCCUCGAUACACCAUCAUCAUCAGCAGCAGCAACACCAACAUCAACAACAUCAACAACAACGACAACAACACCACUCACAACAAUCCGGCAUGCAAGGCUUGGGACUGGGCAUCGACCUUGGCACUGGAGAGACGACCGGCGGUCUGGGUGGCGUAGACAUGGACGCGAGCAGUGUUGAUCUGAUGAGCCCACUAGGCCUGACAAGAAGCAACACAUCCGACAUGGCGACCAUGGGCAUGCCCGGCUUCGAGACGGCUUGGAGUCCCAGCAGCGGCGGCACCGGACCGCGAGAGUUUCCAGACUACGGCGCCGGGCCCUUUGCGACCCAGAGAGAAGGGGGAGGGGCGCCGGGGUAUGCCGAGAUGGGAAGCGGGUUAUUAAUGCACGACCGGAUGGUGGCCGGCGGAGGAACCAUCGGAGGCCCCGUUGGCGGGGAGAGUCCUAUGGUGGAUGAGCGUCACCAUCACCAUCACCAGCAGGCAGAUAAUGGUCCUUACGAUACGAGGAGGGAGAACAAGAACCUCGGGUACCAAAACGGGGCCAGGGUAGGCCUGUGGCUGGGGACAUGA